GCCUCCGCUCGUGCCCCGCGCGCACCGGCCUUCACUCUGGAGCGGCCCGGGCAGCCGCAGCAGGGGCGGCGGCGGCGGAUCGAGGAGCUCUCCAGGUCGUCCCGGGAGAGGCUGCUGCAGUCCCGGGACAGGAUGUUCUCCAAGUUCACCUCCAUCCUGCAGCACGCCGUGGAGGCGCUUGCACCUUCUCUUCCUUUACAAGAAGAUUUUGUUUAUCACUGGAAGGCAAUUACCCAUUACUACAUAGAGACUUCGGAUGAUAAAGCCCCAGUGACAGAUACAAAUAUUCCCUCUCAUCUGGACCAGAUGUUGGGUAUUUUGCUGCAAGAAGAACGUGAGCGAGAAUUCGGAGUGACAGGGCCAUGUAUGGAAUAUUUACUUCAUCACAAGAUCUUGGAAACAUUAUAUACCUUAGGAAAAGCUGACUGUCCUCCAGGAAUGAAACAGCAGGUUUUGGUGUUCUACACUAAACUCCUGGGAAGAAUCCAACAGCCGCUGCUUCCACACAUUAAUGUCCACAGGCCAGUGCAGAAAUUAAUUCGACUCUGUGGUGAAGUCCUUGCAACACCAACAGAAAACGAAGAAAUCCAGUUUCUCUGUAUCGUGUGUGCAAAGCUGAAACAAAAUCCCUACUUGGUUAAUUUUUUUCUGGAGAAUAAAUUGAAAUCAUUGGCUUCCAAAGGCACACCAGAUGUAAUUUCAGAAGACUCAUUGAAAGGUCAAGAUUGCUUGUCAACAGACACAGGACAGUCCUGUCAGCCAGAGGAACUGUCUGGUGCCAUGGGGCUGGAGCACACAGAGUUAGAAGACGAGCCUCCUCAGCAGAUAGAUGACCUGUCCACCAGCUUAGAUAAUCUUGCUGUCACCUCACUGCCAGAGGCCACAGUUGUUCGUCCAAACCAGGAUUACAACUUAGUGAAUUCCUUGUUAAAUCUCACUAGAAGUCCUGAUGGCCGAAUAGCUGUGAAGGCCUGUGAAGGCUUGAUGUUGUUAGUAAGCUUGCCGGAGCCUGCAGCUGCCAAAUGCCUCACGCAGAGCACUUGUUUGUGCGAACUGCUGACAGACAGACUCGCUUCCCUGUACAAGGCCCUACCUCAGUCGGUGGACCCGUUAGAUAUCGAAACAGUGGAAGCAAUUAACUGGGGCUUGGACUCAUAUAGUCAUAAAGAAGAUGCUUCAGCAUUUCCAGGAAAACGAGCCUUAAUUUCAUUUCUUUCCUGGUUUGAUUAUUGUGAUCAACUCAUAAAGGAAGCACAAAAGACUGCUGCUGUGGCUCUUGCCAGAGCCGUUCAUGAAAGAUUCUUUAUUGGAGUUAUGGAACCUCAGUUGAUGCAAACUUCUGAGAUGGGUAUUCUGACAUCAACCGCCCUGCUCCAUCGCAUUGUUCGGCAAGUAACCUCUGACGUUUUGCUGCAAGAAAUGGUGUUUUUUAUCCUUGGAGAACAGAGGGAACCGGAAACUCUGGCAGAUAUUAGUAGACACCCUUUAAGACACAGGUUAAUAGAGCAUUGUGAUCACAUAUCUGAUGAGAUAAGCAUAAUGACAUUAAGAAUGUUUGAACAUCUUUUACAAAAACCCAACGAACACAUUCUUUACAACUUGGUCCUAAGAAAUCUCGAAGAAAGAAAUUAUACGGAAUAUAAACCUGUGUGUCCAGAAGAUAAAGAUGUGGUGGAGAAUGGAUUGAUAGCAGGAGCUGUAGAUCUAGAAGAAGACCCAUUAUUUACUGACAUUUCACCGGAUAACACUCUGUCAAAUCAAGAGUGGCUUAGUUCUUCACCCCCUGCUACUCCAGAGCACCCCAAAAAUGAUGGGAAAACUGAAGUCCAUAAAAUUGUAAAUAGUUUUCUCUGUCUGGUACCCGAUGAAGCAAAAUCAUCCUACCAUGUCGAGGGCACUGGAUAUGACACCUACCUCCGAGAUGCUCAUAGGCAGUUCCAGGACUACUGUGCUAUCUGCUUAAGAUGGGAGUGGCCUGGGUCUCCAAAAGCAUUGGAAAAGUGCAAUUUAGAAGCUACUUUCUUCGAAGGUCAUUUUUUGAAAGUUUUAUUUGACAGAAUGGGAAGGAUUCUUGAUCAGCCAUAUGAUGUAAAUUUACAAGUCACCUCCGUGUUAUCUAGACUUUCUCUCUUUCCUCAUCCACACAUACACGAGUACCUUUUGGAUCCUUAUGUAAACCUUGCUUCUGGCUGUAGAUCCCUCUUCUCCGUAAUCGUCAGGGUUGUUGGAGACCUUAUGGUCCGAAUCCAGCGUAUUCCAGAGUUUACUCCCAAGCUUCUGUUAGUCAGAAAGCGAUUGCUUGGCUUGGAACCGGAAGGCCCUAUUAUUGACCACAUCACAUUGCUAGAGGGUGUGAUCGUGUUGGAAGAGUUCUGUAAGGAGCUGGCGGCAAUUGCAUUUGUGAAAUACCACACUUCCUCCACACCGUAAAUAGCAUCCUCCAAGUAGCUAAGGAAGCAAAACUGUAAUGUACAUUUCAUCAAAAAAGACUCAGCUUCACCCAGCCGUGAGGAUAAAAAGCCUUUUAAAUGAAGUACUGCUAUAAACUGGACAGGACCAUUAACUCAUGGAGUGGACAUUCUCAGUAAAAUGUUGUAUAAUGUUGUUUUCAUUGGCUUUACCAUAAUGGUUCUAUCUGUAACAUUGCACGUCCUUGAAUCCAGGAUACAAUCAAAGGAACUUCAGGAAAUAAGCAUUUCUAAUCCCUGUGUGAAAAGCUGCAAAAUUUCUGAUGUCAUGACUUUGAUGAUAUUUCUGUUAUUUUAAUAUCCUUUUAGGUAGCAAGGCAUUUUGACAUUCUCUGGGACUCAAAUGCUUAUAUUCUUUUGGAUUAAUAAGUAGCAAAAAAAGAAAAAAAACAUAAUUUUAUAACUUUUUAAGGUCAGGAUUCUUAUCAAACAAAAUAAAAAACUGUAAAUGGAAAAAAUAUAAUUCAGAAACCAUCAAAUGAGAUGAGUUAAUAAUAGAAGAUAAAAAUGUAUAGAGCACCAUAAACUUUCUUCAGCUUUUCUAAGAAUAACAAUUUAAUAUGAUAAAGAAGUUCUUGAUUAAUAUAUAUAUUUUUUAAAGAAACAUUCUUUUACUCUUUUGUGCACAUAGCCAUGUUAGUGAUUGAUUUUCACGUAUGGGUCCCAGGAUAUUUAAACUGUGUCAUUUUUGCAACAAUGUUGAAUUUGUGCUCACCAUUGGUAAUGUUUGCUAAAAUAGUAUUUUUUUUAAGCUAAUGAACAUAUAUUGGGUUGAGAACCUUUUUUUCCUUCUAUCUGUCCCUUUCUGAAAGUUGCUUUCAAAUAUUGCUUUAUAACUUGAUUUCUUAUUGAAAUGCGUGGUAGUGUCUAGGCGGGGAACUGACUGCUAACUCUUGGGCAGCAAUCAAAAUGCCAGUGGCCUCCUCUGUGUUUACAUAUUUUUUUCAUUUUGCUCAGUCUUUUGUUUUAAAUGAUUCUAAAGAGAUUGAAAAAGAAAACCAGUGUGUCCUGUUUACACAUUAAAGAAUGUGGGUAAAUUGGGUCUACGUGAAGGACAGAGUGUGGUAGUUCACAAAGCUGUGCUGUGCACAGCACACUUCUUCUUGAUUUACAAAAUGGUGUUUGCUAAUCCACUUUCUAUUCUUCCUUUAAGUGAUGCUUGUCACUCAAAUAUUGCUUUUAAGCUUUCUUCUUCUUUCUUUCCUCCUCCACCUCCUCCUCCUUCUGUUGAAAUAUUAAGCAGCAGCACUAUGCGCUUUAUCUUUCCAUUUACUGAUACUUUAGGGAGCAGACUAUCAGAAUUUCCAGCUUGGAAGGAACUGUCGCUGCUCCUCAUAAUAAAUUGUUUUAUGUAGCAUGUUUGCACAUGUGCAUCAUGUGGCACGUGCACAGAAGCAUGUUUUACACCUUCUAAUUUUGUUGUAUUUGUUUUUCCGAUUUAUUUUAUAGUUAGUUUUGGCUAUUUAUUAAGAACGAAAUAUCAAAAAAAUUAUGAAUAUUCUUGGCUCUAGAAUGCGUACCAACAUUAAGACUACAUUUCUCAUUUAACGCAAAUCUUCAUUAGCUCAGUCUGAGCACAUUUAUUAAGCAGAACAGGGGAAAAAAAGUGGGAGAUGGUUACUUUGUGGAUGAUUUUCUUCAAAUGAUUUUUAAUAAUGGGGAAGUGUUGCUCAGUUCUCUAUUUAUUGAUCAGCCCAUAUAAGAAACACUGCAACAUUUCCAUUUUUAGACAUAGUCGUGGUCUAUUAUGAUGUAGGUUUAUUUAAAAGAAGGCAUGAAGAGAUAUUAGGUAUUUCUUCAUGUUUUUGUAGUGUUCAGUGGGUGUAUUAGCAAUAUUACCUCUCAAGCCAAAUACUAUUUUAUCCUUGAUUUCACAAUGGGACCUUAUAGCUAAUACAUGACACCAAGCUCAGAAAAGCUUUAACUCUUACAUUUUUGUGUAUGUAUGCUGCUUCUUAAAACAUAAUUAUUUUCUUAAGUUAUUGUAAUGAUUUUGAUCUGUAGUCAACUAAAGCAUGCAAUAUAAGUUGUUUCUCUUCUAAGUUUCUCUCUUUCUUCUUCCUUGUUUAGUUCAGACAGACCUUAGAGCUGCAGAAGUUCUCACAGUGAGUUGGAUUUGUUAGUGAAACAAUGUACUACAUUCCUAGCCUUUUUCUUACUGUUUUUUGGAAACUGAAUAUUUCUGUUACUCAGUACUUGUAAAGCAGUGACUCCAGUGCACUGUGGGGUGGAAAGUACUACCUUAGCUGAUUGCCAUAGCAAGUUCUGAGCUGAAUUUUAGUCCUGCUUCACAUCAAUAUAAAUAUGUAUGCACAUUUUUUUUAACUUUCUAACAAGUAUAAUCUCUGACUUUAUUUUUAAUAAUGAGCCACAUUCUUUACUUGAUAGAACUCAGAUUUGUCCUUAGCCAAUUAUCAGUGUAGUACUCACAUUAUAACUAUGUAAUGUUCUCAUAAUGUAUCUGUCUGUGCAAUAUGGAAGCUAUGAGGGGAUUCAUAGCCCUUUGAUUUAAUUGUACAUUAUUAUGUGUGUACAUGUGUAUAUAUAUGUGUGUGUGUGUAUAUAUAUAUAUGUAUAUAUAUAUAUAUAUAUAUAAAUGGACCAAAAUCCUUAGCUUGCUUACACUGUUGCUAGUGUAAAGAUUGUUACACUUAAUUUUACAGGGCACAAGUUAUAGAAUUACUUCGUAAUUCAUGGUGACAUAUUUCCACAAAUUAUUGCAUUCAUAUACAAUUACCAUUUAAUUAUGAAGUUCACAGGUAUUGACAGAAGUUGCAGUGAAGUGCUAAAACCACAAAUUAUAUGGUAGUUCUAUUUUGGGUUGUAUGAUUAAUCAAAAUAUGCAUGUCAUUGUGACACUUGAUAUGUUAAAACAAGAUAGAUAAUCAUAUUUCUGGGCCCUGUAAAAUAGUGUUACUGUAAUACUCUGGCCUCCUGCCUUGUUUACAUUAAACAAAGGAUAUUUGAUAAAUUUUUCUAUUGAAUAUUUGUGUAGGUUACUGACAGUAUUACCAAGGCCUGGAAUUCUUGGGCCAUCUGUGAAGAAAAACUCUUCAGAUGAUGAUUGUGUACCUACCAGCUCUUCAAAUGGAGGUUGUGAUCAAGUUCAACUUUUUGUGCUAAUGAUGCAUGCAGGACUAGGAGGGAUAAUCUAAAAAUAAAUAAUGUAAUUUAAGCAAAAUGUCUUAUAUUUUUAUAGAAUUCUAAUUGAAAAUAUUGUACUCACUGAUAAGUCUAAAAUAAUAAUUCAUAAUGUACAAAAGGAUAUGACACACAUCGGGGCACCUGGCUGGCUCUGUUGGUGGAGCAUGCGACUCUUGAUCUCAAGGUCAUGAGUUUAAGCCCCACAUUGGGUAUACGCCUACUUUAAAAAAAGAAAGAAAGACCGGGAUCUCUGGGUGGCUCAGCGGUUUGGCGCUUGCCUUUGGCCCAGGGCGUGAUCCUAGAGUCCCAGGAUUGAGUCCCACGUCGGGCUCCCAGCAUGAAGCCUGCUUCUCCCUCUGCCUGUGUCUCUGCCUCUCUCUCUCUCUAUCAUAAAUAAAUAAAUCUUAAAAAAAAAAAAAAAGAAAGAAAAAAGGUUAUGACACACAAAGAUUAAUGGGUCACUUCAUUGAUUCCAGGGAGAAAACAAGAAGGAAUAGAAUCAGAAUAUUUGUGAGGGAUAAUGUAUAGCUUGAGAAAUCCUCCUGAGUGAGCCUCAUAAUAUAUUGUCCACCCCACUUUUUAAUAAUCACAUCCCUGAGGAAGGAAUGUUUAUACAAGUCUUAGAAAAACAAUUGAUGGGAAGUACUAUCUCUUAAUAUAUUUGUAACGCAUAUAAAAACUUUUUUUUUAACUGAUGUGUAAGACAAUUAGACUUGAGGCUUAUUCCAUUCAUCUGAAUAUUUGCCAAAGUGCCCUAACUGGAAACUGAAAGAAACAUGGAAUAUACUGCAUAGCCAGGGAGAGAAAAAUGUGAUUAUUCAUCCCACCUAUUCAGGAUUCUUUCCAGCAGCUGUUAUUCAGAAUAGUUUUAGAAAGACUUAAAAAGGAUAACAGGUUAAAAGGAUGUAGGGGAGGUAGGUUUAGCCAUUGAGGAGUUGAAAUUUCCCUCCUUGCCUUGAACUGCUUUAAAAGCAAACUGCGUUUUAGGGAUGUAUAAUCAGAUCCCUAGUCCAAAAACCUGGUUCAGACUGCUGCUAUUCAUGAAGAAAUUUGCAGUGUUUCAUGUGGAAAACUAGUUGUCUCAAGGGAAUUUAAAGAAUUGAAUAAAAUUGUUAAAGUCAAAAUUUUGUGAGAGUAACUCUCAAAAGCUAUACCUUUCUCAAACCAUCCUUCCCCCCGCCAAACAAAACAAAACAAAACAAAAAACCCCCCAGCAGAAGCACUGCAUGACAGUUUGGUGCUAAAGGAUCCAAGGAUGUAAGAAAUGGAUUAGGUUUUAGUUGGUCUUAAGCCAGUUAGUAAAGUUGUUGCUCAUGGGCCUAGCUCUUAGGAGACUGGCUGUUAAUUUUACUUGAUCUAUACCUAACAACAUAUAUCAGGGAGAUCCAUCUAGUAUACAUUCACUACUCAUGGCUUGACUGUUGUGUGCAUCAGAGUUUUUUCUGUUAUAAAAGCAUUUGUAAAUGUCAAAAAUGCAUCAUCAAAAACAAACCAAUAAUUUGGUUAUUCAAUGAAUACUUAUUGGGAACUUGUUAUGAGCCAGGUUUUAAGAUGCUAGGAAAACAAGCAAUUUUUGCCCUCAAGAAGUCACAGUCACAGAUGAGGGUUCAGUGUGUUUACACAAAUUCCAGCCCACAUUGGUGAAUGCUGUUAAUACCCAACUGUAGGAGCACAGGGAGAAAGAAGUGUUAGCCCUUGAACAAUGCCAGUGUUAGGGAUGCUGAUUCCCCCUCACUCACCCCAUGAAGUAAAAAAAAAUGCAUAUUUGACAAAAAUUGUCAACACAUUUCUGUGUUAUGUGUAUUAUAUACUGUAUUCUCAAUAAAAUAAACUAGAGAAAAGAAAAUGUUACUAGGGAAGAGAAAGAACAUUUUCAAUACUGUACUAUAGCCAAAAAAAAUCUGUGAAGAAUUGGAUGUGUGGGGUUUAAGCCUGUUUUGUUCAAGGGUCGACAGUAGUGUUGCAGAUCACCUACAGGGAAAAUCUAAAAUUCAAGUCUUGACUGAAUUAUAUUCUUACUUGGAACUGGAGGUGUGCUGGAUAUUCUGAGAAGUCAUAACCAUAAAGUAAAGUCAGCAAGAAAUGGAACAUGGUUCUGUAUCCUGUUACGUGUAUCAUAACUAACUGUUUCGUUUCACCUUCUUCGUUCUGAGAUUGGUAUAAAACACCAGCCCAAACAAUUGUACUUUGGAGCCCAAACUUUCUCAGUUGGUGAAUAGUUAUAAUAAACUGUUCUGAUUUAAAU